UAUUUUUUAUAUAUAUUUUUUUUAUUUUUUGUUACAAUAUUUUUUUAGUAACAGAUUUUUUCGUAACUUUAUUUUCGUACUUUUUUAAGAUAUUUGUUGUUGUUAGUAGAUAUUUUGUUAAAAAAAUCAUGUUGAAAUACAUAACCUCCCUGUUUUUGGUAGUCGGUGCAGUGAGCUGCGAUUAUUUUUUGAAUAGAGUCAAUCAUUUAGAGUACUAUAGGAAUAGGACAAAUCCUAGGCCUUCUAAGUCGUUUUCUAGUUUUUCGACAAAUUAUUUCAAUCAAAAUCUAGUGCCUAAACCUGGGAAGGGGGAAAAAGUGCAGUGUGGUACCAGAACGGUGGAUUUUAACCCUCGGAGGACGGGGAAGAUUGUUGGGGGCACCGAGACCCCCUAUGGGGCGUUUCCUUGGCAAGUGGAAAUCCAGAUGCUGGAUGUAGAUAAGCUGACCUUUGAGCACCAUUGUGGGGGAGCGGUUAUAGCUGAAAGACUGGUGCUGUCGGCUGCACACUGCUUCGACAAGCAACCCCUAAACUUGGAGCACAUACGCCUGGUGGUAGGCGAGCAUCGUCUGAAGGUCCAGGACAAGCAUGAGCAUCGAUUCCUCGCUGAGAAGGUGGUUCUACAUCCUGACUUCAGAAAGAAUGGCCCACACAGCAACGACAUAGCUCUGAUCCUGGUCUCCCGGUCCGGCAAUGGUGUGCAGUUCAAUUCCCAUGUCAGGCCUAUAUGCCUGCCUGAUGAUGGUAUCACAGCUGGGAAGUGGUGUACUGUUAGUGGGUGGGGGUUCCAGGCAGAAAAUACUGAGAACUUCGCUCCUAUCCUAAGAGCUGCUGCGGUACCAGUGCUGGAUCUCAACACGUGUAGGAAGAGCCAGGUCCUCGGUGGAAGACAGCAGACCAUACUGGACUCUAUGAUCUGUGCAGGCAUCUUGUCAGGUGGUGUAGACGCCUGCCGAGGGGACUCAGGAGGACCCCUGGCCUGCAUGACCUCCAACCGCUGGCAGCUUCACGGAGUCGUCUCCUGGGGCUCUGGCUGUGCACGCCGGGCGAGGCCAGGAGUCUACACUAGAGUUGCUUCAUACCUGGACUGGAUUAAACGCACGGCUUCUGAACUAGGCCAUAAGAUUAGUUAUUAGGUUGGAGAUUGCUAUAAAGUUCCUUGUUGGUACCCUUAAGAAUAAUGUUGCUCAUACUAAGAUUUUCUCUGUGAGGUUAUGAGAAAACAUGAUAGAGUAGAUGACUAACUGCCGUUCUCAGAGAUAUUUAAUGAUACUUAAACUAUUCCUUAGUAACGAUUUUGUACUGAAAACAAUUGCUAAGGACUGGGUUAAGUAACCGUUAACGUUACUCUGAGUACGGCGGUAAUUUUGAUUUAAGUCCAUCUUGUACAUUAUUUAAAAAAUUAGACGCGUGUUUUUUAUUUUCUAACAGAAACAAAUACUUUCGAAGAUAAUUAUUAUACCGAAU